UCCCAAAAUCUAAAUUGACUUAUACAUGGGUCAGUGUCAAUACUAUAUUUUAACUCUUAUUAAAAAUGAGUGAAAGGCAAGAAUGCAUUCUGUCCUGGAAGCACUGACCUCGCUCUACUCUCUCUUCUAUCCAUCUUUUAGCGUGAGCCAAAAGAGUUAUGGCUGCCAUAAUUUUGUAUGGUCUUUGGCAUUGUUUACCUUUGCUUUGAGCCUUUGUCGCAUGUACCCCAAGUUUUACCCUCGACUUAUCCAAGGGUCAUAUCAAAAUCCAUAAUUUUGCCCCCCAAAACCUGCCCUAGACUUAUACGUGAGGUUGACUUGUAGUCAAAUGUAUAUGGUGUGUUGAGGCUGAAAGGCUGUGGUAGCCAAGGGUGCAUUGCGCAUGGCACGGAUUAAAGUCCUGCCAAUCUCAUCCUCAUACCGUUUUAUAUUUAUUUAUAUGCCUCCCACCAUUGUUGGAUUUCUCAACAACUUUACUGGGCUCCAAAAGAGAGAGGAAGAAUAUGUGUUAGUGAAAAUACUUUUAUUUUCAGUCUCUUCAUUCAUUCCCUGAGUCACAAAGCUCACAGGAGCAGAAGCGAGUCCUCUCCAAUUCCCUGAGAUGGUUAGUGACAUAUUUUAUUUUAUUCUUUUGGGAUUGUCCUGCCUUUUUUGUUCUUGCAAAAUGUUUUUGUUUUUGUUUUUCUAGUUCUUGGAUGGUAGAGAGAGAUGGGAACGGACACGAUGGGAUACUUUUAUCCACGACUUUGGGGGCAUGCUUGGAGUAAGGACACCCUUCUCUGCCUUUUCUUCACUGUUACAAAACAAGAGAGCAGAGCUCAAAAAUAGAAAAACCUAGGUCGAUGGCCUGCAUCCCCCUCCUGUGGUGAAACCAAGAAGCAGAUUGGGAAGGAUGUGGUCCCUUUUGGGUCUUUGUCCAAAUGCCUGAGCCAGAGAGAUGCGCCCGCUUUGGAUUCCAGUCCAAACUGCAAAAAGAGCUUUCUCUGAGAAUCCCAAGCAGCUGGCAGCACCUCUGCCUGAACCGGAAUGAUGUGUCCGCUUUGGGUUUUAGUCCGAACUGCAAAAGAGAUGUCACCAAGGACAAAGGUUCUCCUUCUGGGUAAGAAAGGAAAAAACCCCAAAUACCUGUCGGUUCCAGACUUCAAGGGAGAAAGAAGUGGAGUUUGCCGGAGUUUGGAGGUUCGCCUCUUUCAUUUGUUUGGAGACAGUUCACACAGCCGUGCAACGGGGGCGCAUGGCCCAUGCCCAGCCCAGCCCCGGACAAUACCCGCUGGCCAACGGAGACCCCUACAACUGCCAUGCCUACCUGACCGGCUUCAUCUCCCUUCUUCUCCGGGCAGAGCCCUACCCGACCUCCCGCUAUGGUGCUCAGUGCCUCCAGCCCAACAACAUAAUGGGCAUCGAGAACAUCUGCGAACUGGCUGCCCGGCUCCUCUUCAGCGCCAUCGAAUGGGCCAAAAACAUCCCCUUCUUCCCGGACUUCCAGCUGGCUGACCAGGUCUGCUUGCUGCGCAUGACCUGGAGCGAGCUUUUUGUCCUCAACGCGGCCCAGUGCGCCAUGCCCCUCCAUGUGGCGCCGCUCUUGGCCGCAGCCGGGCUCCACGCCUCGCCCAUGUCGGCCGACCGGGUGGUGGCCUUCAUGGACCACAUCCGGGUCUUCCAGGAGCAAGUGGAGAAGCUGAAGGCCCUCCAUGUCGACUCGGCCGAGUAUUCCUGCCUCAAGGCCAUCGCGCUUUUCACGCCGGACGCGGUGGGUCUGACGGAUCUGUGCCACGUGGAGAGCGUCCAGGAGAAGUCGCAGUGUGCCUUGGAGGAGUACGUCCGGAACCAGUACCCCAGCCAGCCCAGCCGCUUCGGGCGCCUGCUCCUGCGCCUGCCUUCACUGCGCAUCGUCUCGGCCCCCGUCAUCGAGCAGCUCUUCUUUGUCCGACUGGUGGGCAAGACCCCCAUCGAGACCCUCAUCCGGGACAUGCUUCUUUCUGGGUCUAGCUUCAACUGGCCCUACAUCCCCAUGCAGUGAUGCGAGUGCAGGUCUCCUCCGCAACCAUGGCCCCAACGUCGGGUGAGCCGGACUUUACACUUGUGCCAACCUUGCGCUGUUGCUCCAGCGGUUGGUCAUCCGGGCAUCAUCCAGGUAUCAGACUGUCCAUGAAAUGGGCUCAACAUGGAAUGAUGGGAGUUGUAGUCCAACCACCUCCAGGUUACCCAGCGUUGCUUUAGGUGAAUUGGAAGCACAUUGCCAAGUUCCAUAUUUUUUUCAUUUCAUUUAUCUCCCUGGAGAUGCGUCUCUUCCACUUUUCGUUAUUUAUGCCGCCGCGAGCGAAACAGAGAAAAGCUUAAGACUUGGACAAUUUUAAAAAAAAGAAAAUUAAACCAUGUUUUUUAUUGCAAAUAUUAAGGAUAUUACGGAUUCUAAAAUCUCGGACCCAUAAUAUGUGUAACGGCGGUCUUCCGUGGAAUUCCUUUCGGGUGAAUUUUUCUUUUAAUAUCUAUAUCUAUAGAUAUAGAUAUAUUUUGGAUAGUGUGUCGACAUCUGGCUCUGAAGGGAACAUUGAUGCGAUGCGAGAGUUGUGGAAAGCUUUGUGACUUUCUGAGCCUCAGUUGUGCAAUGAGACCUUUAUACACUUUCUCACCUUCUCUCUUUUGUGUUGGUGCAUAAAUGGUGUUUUUUUUUUAAUAUCAAAUAAAUAAAAAGGCAAAACUGGGGAGGAAGAGUGGACGCAAAAAAGACUUUCCUCUUCAAGCCAAAUUGGGGAAGAAGAAGAAAAAAGACUUGCCUCUUCAGCCCAACUUGGGGGGGAAAAAGACUAGCCUCUUCAGCCAAAAUGGAAAAAUACAUACGACUCUUUGGGACAUUUGUCUAUAUGCCUGGGAGUUACAUUUUCCAACAAAAGGGACCCAAAUGUUGCAUGUUUGUGAUCUUUUUUGAUGGGGACAAGGCAACGGUUCUCUAGGAAUGAACAACAAUAACGCAAAGAAUCCCAAUGGUGGAAGAAAUGACUGUGAAUAGCUUUCUCAGGCCAGGGAUUUGAGGGGCUGCGCAGUUUGUUUUUCCGCAAAGAGGUUGAAAUUAAAACAUACUAUUUAUAAAAUUAAAAUAAACCCAGAUUAUAUGCCA